AUGGGUCCUCUGCUCGUUUUCUUCCUGUAUAUACUUCAAUUGCAAGCAUCGAUACGCAGUGAAAUCAUCGAAACUCCAAAUGCCAAUCUGAACACCAUUUCUGAAUCUGAAGAUGAUGACUUGAAUAGGAGUAAGCCCAAAGCACGUCAUAUUACCACAACUGUAGAUCCACUUGAUCUGCCCUUCGUAAAAGCCGGCUACGACCAAACGGAAAUAGAGUUCCUCUAUCCAAUUGCUUCACUCAACAUUGAUUAUGCGAAGAAUUUAAUUACUUUGACAUUCCGCAAAACGAAGGCUGAUGAAAAGGAGGCGCGUCGUCGCAAAUCUCUUGAUGAGAAUUUCAUGCGCUUCGGCCGCGAUUCUCCAGAUUUUAUGCGUUUUGGUCGCAAACCUUCCGAUUUUAUGCGCUUCGGAAAGCGCACACUCGAGCAGGUACCAAAAGUGAAUAGCCUCGAUAAUGAGUAUAUCUACGACAAUGAUGCUGAUACAAGUCGUCGCAUUGAACGUAGCCAGGAGGCUAUACGCGAUUCACGAGGUGACAAUUUCAUGCGCUUUGGGCGAAACAGCAACGACUUCUUGCGAUUUGGACGUGCUUCGGAGGAUUUUAUGCGCUUUGGCAGGAAUCCUUCGGACUUCAUGCGCCUUGGACGCGGAGGUUCUGAUGAUUUCAUGCGCUUUGGGCGCACGCAGAAGGAGCGACGUGGUUCUGAUAAAGAUUUUAUGCGUUUCGGACGGCCUGAUAACUUCUUGCGAUUUGGCAGAUCAUACAAUACGCCUACAGCUUCGCCGAAUUUCAUUCGUUUCGGCAAACUGGACCAGAACUUUAUGCGAUUUGGUAAGAAUUUAGAUCAUCCAGUAAAGGAAAAUAGUACAAAGCCGCCAUUGCCAAAAGAAGUGAUCAAAGAAGCGGCGAAAAUUUUACACCAAGCCGAACGAUUCGGAGGAGAGGGUGAGAGCAAUCCGAUGGACCGGGCCAUCAAGGUGCUGUUUGGCAAGGAUGAACGGCAUGAAACGUCGGCGCAAGAUGACAAGGACGAGCAAAAUAAUGAAGAUGCUUCCAACGACGACAUGGCGCCCGAUUACGAGUUUAAUGUGACACAAUGAAGGGAAUAUUUUUGAGUGAUUUAUAAUCGUAUUUUUUGAUGGCCAUAUGUAAAUAUCUAGAUAAUCUCUUUCAAAUUAAUUAAGUGGCAGCGGCAGUAAUGCAAACAGACACACUUAACUAAUGACAUACAUACACAAUGUUCUAUAGAAACACACACAUGUAAAGGCACAAAUAUAGUGCACAAAAAAGUGUAUAUGAAAAAAGUUCAUUCAGACAAUUGAUGUAGCUGGAUAUACAUAUGAAGUAUGUUCAGGGUGAAUUUUUAUUAGGGCUGGAUUAAAAGUUCACUUCCUGAAAGAGUUCCUUA